AUGGACAAGAAGCGAGGCGACAUCCGUGCUUUCUUCAAGCCGAAGGCACCUCUUCCUUCGUCUUCUGCAAAGACCGAAAAGCGAAAGAGCGCUUCGGCCGCGGCAGAUUCCGCGCUCGCGCAGGGCGGCGCUCGCCUCGGAGGAGGCAAGAAGGAACAAAAAGAGGAAAACCCCGCGGAGUGGGGCGGACGAGAAGAGAAAGGCGACACGAAAGCAGGCAGCGGAAGGGUGGCUGGAGAAAUCACGAAGCAGUCGAUCCAGCUCAGCUCAGAUGGUGAAUCGCCAACCCGAAUCUCCAAAGCAAGCUCUGCGGGUCACGGUCGCGGGAAGAGCGGCCGCUUGCGCCGGAUCGCAUCUUCCGAUGAAGAGGAGAAUUUCGCUUCUCGUUCGUCGGGUUCUCCGUGCACUGCUGCCGCCCCUCCAGGCAGCUCUCCAGCAAAGGUAGUAUGGCCUCCAACGGAGGCGAAAAGGAGAUCCGAGGGAGAACCAGAAAAGCGCGCGGAAGAGAACAGGCGCAAAAGAAAGGAAGGCAGGCAGAAGGAGAGGGCGCGAGAGGUCGUUGACGUCGACGAUUUCUUCUCCUCGUCAGUCGAGAAGGCGGUCGAGAAGGCCCUCACGCGCCCGCCUCAAAAGGCGAGGCACCAGGUCGAUCUCAUGCACGGCGAAGAAGCAAGCGAAGAAGGAGAGGAGAGAGCGAAAGAAAGAACCGAGGCAGAAGCCGUGGGCGUCACGACUGACGCAGGAGCGAAACGCCCUGUCGCGCACAGCGCAAGUCAAUGGGCCAAGCUGGUCAAGUCCAUGGAGCCCGAGCAGGUUCGACAAAAGAAGAAGAGGGAAGCGAGAGAAAGUUCCACAAUGAUCUCAGACAGUGAAGACGAAAAGCCCGCGGGACCGGGGAAGCCAACGAACCAAGACGAUGACGAAUAUGUCCAAAGCAGUGAGGAGGACGACACUGAAGACGAGGAGGAAGACGAGGACGGCGAGAGCGAAGAAGAGGAUGGCAGCAAGAGCAUGAGACCCGGCGGCCGGACAAAAGCACAGAAAGACGUGCGCAAGCAGGCCAAGGCGGUAGCCAAGAGUCCAACAGUAUCGUCGCCGUCUUCGCCAGCGAAAAACCGAAAAGUGGAAGAGCGGAAACAGGACGUCACUGCCACUAUGCAACCGCCUUCUACGGGAAAGCGCAUGUACCCCUCGAAGUCAGAGGAGAAGACCGAACAGACGAGUCCCUUCUCUCCAUCGGCCCACAGAAAAAAACGGAAAAUCGAAGAUUCUGUGCCGUCGACGAAACAGGAAAACGAAGACCGGACAGCUCCUCUCGCGGGAUCGAAAUCCAGCUUCGCAGGAAAAACCUUCGUCUUCACGGGAGUCCUCGAUUCGAUGGGCCGAGACGAGGCUGUCGCUGCGGUCGUAGGAAACGGAGGGCGUUGCACGUCGGCGGUCUCGGGGAAAACCGACUAUCUGGUGGCAGGUAGCCUGUUGGAAGACGGCAGAGACGUGACAACGGGCUCCAAAUAUCGCAAGGCGCUACAACUGAUGCAAGACGGGUCGGCAAAGCAGAAAGCUUCUCUAAAGAUUCUGCACGAGCAGGAAUUCCUCGCAAUGCUGCCAGAGAGCACACAGAAGAAACCAAAAAUGGAGGCUCGAAAAUCCCCGGAAGAAGCAAGCAGAAUCGAGUCUGAAAAAGCCGUCAAGUGUGAUCAGAAGGCUGAUGGCAAGGCUGGGCAACAAAGUGACGAAACCAGCCAAAAUGUUCUCUGGGCAGAAAAGUACCGGCCGAAACGUGCAGAUGAUUUUGUGGGCAAUCGCGAACAUCUACGAACGUUGCAGGCGUGGCUAGCUGACUGGGCCGAUGUUUGUCUUCAUGGAAAGAAGAAGAAGCCUCCGCCCCGAAGCUUCGCUCCUUCCUUCUCCCCGUACGGGUUCGCGCCGACUAUCAACCUGAACGCGCGGGCGGCUCUGCUCAGCGGCCCGCCAGGCAUUGGGAAGACCACGGCUGCUCGCCUAGCGGCGGAGGCAGCAGGCUAUGAUGUACUGGAAUACAAUGCUUCUGAUGCGCGCAACAAAGCGCAUAUCGAGGAUAUUGGGAAUAUGACGUCGGGCGGUCUCACCCUCCACUCCUUCUUGGACCAGAAGAACGAGGCGUCGCAUGGAACACCAGAAGAAAUCCAAACAGCGGCCUUCGCUUUCCUUUUCCCAGGAAGAAACUCGAAACGGCCCAUGGGCGCGUGCGUUCUGAUGGACGAGGUCGAUGGCCUCAGCGGCGGAGAUCGUGGCGGCGCGCAGGCGAUUGUAAAGCUCAUCGAGACGAGCAAAUGUCCGAUCAUCUGCAUCUGUAAUGAUCGCAUGCACCCCAAGGUGCGAACAAUCGCGUCAAAGUGCCUGGAUUUGCGCUUCCACCCGCCCCACAUGGCUGCACUGAGGUCGCGAGUGGAGGACAUCGCCACUGCUGAGGACCUUGCCCUGGAGCCACAGGCGAUUGGCUAUCUUUGUGAAUCUGCAGGAGGUGAUCUUCGCCAAAUUCUGAACUCCCUUCAAAUGCUUGCGUACGAGACUCGGGAGAGCCAGAAGGACGGUAGUGGGAAAAGUCGAGAGGAAAAUACAGACUUCAGUACCGGACUCAAAGACGACCAGGUUAUGCACGGUCCUUUCGAAUGUUGCAAGCAACUUCUGGAUGCUCACCAAGCUUCGAAGCUCUCUCGUAGGCAGAAACUCGACAAGUUUUUCAGCGACUACGAUUUGAUUCCUCUCCUAAUACAGAAUCAGCAGUGGGGAAUGCUUCCAGAUAUCGGCUUCCUUUGUUGUGUUUCGCUUCCUGCCAAAGUCGAGAAGGCACAAGGGUUUCUAGGUCGUGUCCAAUUUCCCUCCUGGCUGGGACGCAACAGCACACAAACGAAACACAAGCGAUUGCUGACAGAGCUUCUCCUUGUUCUUCUUAAUCAGCUUCAGUGUUGCAGCACGAGCAGCGGCUUGAAACUGUCCGGGUAUCUCGACGCCCUGUACAGAAAGUGUGUAGGGCCACUCGUCCGCCUAAGCAAAGCUGACCCCAAGAUGGCUGUCGAGGCGGCCAUGCAAGCGAUGGCGGAGUAUUCGUUCACGCGGGGUAUGGUCGUCGACAAUCUCAACUCUCUUCGCCUCAAAAACCAGGAGCGGCAGGACGGUGAAGGAGAUAUGGACGCAACAGCAGCUGAAGACAACGUCGAUGCCCCAGAGGAAGACGACGAUGACCCCCUUCGAGACAGCUUCAUUCUUUCGGCUGUCAAGGGGAAGAAGGGCAUGAAGGGUGCUUCAGGACGAAAUCGGAAAGGUGGUGGUUCGACUUCCACUCCGAGGGAGGAGAGCAAUGCUGCCCGCCGUGGCAGGAAAGGCAGAGCGAAGGGAACGGCCUGA